AGUUCCUGCAUAAACAUGCAACUAUUGGGGGCAAUCUUAUUGUUGGCUUCUGCCUUUGCAUUUGCUCAAGAAAACAGCACUGAAAACACGACUCCGGAUCAUGUGAUUGUCAAUGGCUAUCCAGCCUACGAGGGCAAGGCUCCCUAUCUUGUUGGCCUUUUUCUGUUCACGGACGGCAGCAACAGUGGAGCCGUUGGUGCUGGUAGCGUAAUAGCCCACAAUUGGGUCCUGACCGCAGCCCACUGCCUCACCACGGACUCUGUGGACAUCCACUACGGAUCGAAUCGUGGCUGGAACGGCCAGUACAAGCACCACGUCAGGAAGGAGAACUUCUUCCGUCAUCCAGGCUUUGGCAACUCGGCUGGUCACGACAUCGGCUUGAUCCGCACUCCGUACGUGGAGUACACCAAUGUGGUGAAUAGAAUCGCUCUUCCGAAGUUUGGCCAAAAGGGAGAACGCUUCGAGAACUGGUGGACCGUUUCCUGCGGCUGGGGUGGCAUGUCCAAUGGCAAACUCGCGGACUGGCUCCAGUGCGUCGACGUGCAGAUUAUCAGCAACAAUGAGUGUUCCAGGUCCUAUGGCUCUGUCGCCAGCACCGACAUGUGCACCAGACAGUCGGACGGCAGGGGUAACUGCGGCGGUGACUCUGGUGGCGCUCUGGUCACACACGACAAUCCAAUGCAGGUGGGCGUUAUAGCCUUUGGAUCCACCAACUGCAAGAGUGGACCUUCCGGCUACACCCGUGUCACCGAUCACUUGGACUGGAUACGCGAAAAAUCCGGAGUUGCCUAUUACUAACACCGACCAUGGCUUCGUUUCUUUCUUUUGUUUCCUCUUAAUAUAAAAUAAAUAUAUUUUCGGUGUAACUGACACCGCGAGCAUCACAAAAA